AUGCAUGAAAUUGUCACACUACAGUUUGGCCAGCGGGCUAACUACCUGGCAACUCAUUUCUGGAAUCUCCAGGAAUCAUAUUUCACAUACAGCGAAAAUGAAGAGUCACAUAUCGACCAUGAUGUUCAUUUCCGACCAGGAGUGGGUGCCGAUGGAUCUGAGACCUAUACCCCCCGGACAGUCCUUUAUGACCUCAAAGGUGGAUUUGGUACUCUGCGCAAGUACAAUGCACUCUAUGAAAUUGAGACAUCGGCAGCAGACCAGGGCCUCUGGGAUGGUCUGGAAGUGAUACAGAGACAAGUACCGAUUCCACAGAGUGAUUAUCAGAAAAGCUUAGACCAAGGCACCACAGCCCCGAAAUUGACAUCAGAGACUGUGCGCUACUGGUCGGACUUCAACCGAGUCUUUUAUCAUCCUCGUUCCAUUGUCCAAAUCAAUGAUUAUGAGCUCAAUUCCCAGAUCAUGCCAUUUGAGGACUGGAACAUUGGUGAAGAACUCUUCAAUGAUCUCGACAAGGAGCAUGACCUACUUGAUCGGGAUGUCAGGCCUUUUGCCGAAGAGUGUGAUCAAAUGCGAGCUUUGCAGAUCUUUACUGGAGCAGAUGAUGCAUGGGGUGGGUUUUCAUCGCGAUAUAUUGAUCGACUGCGUGAUGAGUACGGAAAGAAGAGUAUUUGGGUCUGGGCCAUUGAAGACGGGACCAAGGUGCAACGGCAUCGUCAGCUAAAAAAGGACACGAGCAAAGCGAAAUCAUUAUAUUCAAUCGCACCACAGUCCUCGCUCUAUGUGCCUGUCAUUGAUAUCCCCCAGAAACUUCCCGGAUAUCUCCAAGUAGAUCGUCAAUCACAAUGGCAAACGACCGCUCUUUUGAGCUCCGCUGUCGAGACAGUGACUAUGCCGUCACGUUUGCGGCCGUACCAUGAUUUUGAGUCCUCAUUGGCUGGUGAUGAUGGCAGACAUACUAUUUUCGAGUUACAAUCUACCAUUAAUCCAAAGGACAAGGAGGAAUCUCAAACUGACGAGCAGACAUCAAAGCCGGAAACUGAAUUUGACAUUGACUUCACCUAUGGUGGCGAACACAAUAAGACUGUGCACAUCUUCAACCAAGUACAGGUAAAUCGUGGAGGCGAGUUUGGAACCUCCAGCGAGUCACAGGGAAACGAUAUUGGACACCUUCGCAAACUCCGACUAUACAACUCACAAUCGAUGCUUCAGAGCUAUCACACAUCACUGCGCUUCCCUGUUCUGGACAGUUUCCCGCAUGAACUCUAUCCGAAGACAGAGCCAGGCGAGGGAUUAAGAAUUCUGGCUGCAUUGACGGCAUCCACCCGGACAGCUGAGAGAAUCAAGGCUCUGGAGUCUACUGCUGCGCGUACGCUGGCUGUUGAUGAGCGAGAGGCCAUGGUUAAUGGACUCGGCGAGCUUCGGGAAGCCUACGAGGAUGGGUGGAGUAGUGGAUCUGAUGGCGAUGAUGAUUGA